AUGAAUCUUCUGAUCGUACCGAUGGUGCGCUGCAUGGAUCAACUUCUUCAACUCAUAGAAUUCAACAGCUCUAUUGAACUAGACUACCUCCAGAUCACCCAGUGUCUUGAAGGAAUGCGCCAGCGAUGCUGCCAACUGGACUGCGAUUUGCAGGGAGCGAGGGAUCAGCUGCGCCGUUCAGAGUCUGAGCGUUCAGUGCUGGAGGUGAAGCUGAAACAUGCCCGCAACCAGGUGGAAGUGGAGAUGAAGAAAAGGCAUCGGGUGGAAGCAGAGCUGGAGACGCAGGAACGCAAGCUGCAGCUUGUUCAUGACUACCUGGUGGCUGAUCCACAGAUCAAUCCUUUCAGUGAGGACCAGCGCUCAGCUUUUGAUGGGCGAUGUUUCGGCCGCAGCACCCUGCAGCAUGGCAAGCAGCUGUCUGCAGUGGAAGAACUUGGCACGUCAAUCAUAUCUGACAUCAGCUUUGACCACUCAGAUGAUGAAGUGGAUCUUAAUAUGAUAAAACCUGCUAAAGCCAGCAGAAGGCGUUCCUCCCUGGCACCUCUGAUCCAGCCAGUGGUAGCAGCCAAGCGUGCACGGCCAUCUGUGACUCCUGCUCCUAAUGCAAAUGAGCUGGCUUUGGUGGCCCUGAGAUCUGGAGCUGCUGCUGAAAGCAAGGUCCUUGCCCGCAGCUUGCUACCUAUUGGGGCGGUGCCACGUCGUCGAUCCCAGCAGAAUCAUCGCAUCUCCACAAUUGCAGAAUUCACUACAGUUUGGGACAGCUGUGAUGAGUCAGGUCGACAUAGCAGCCCGGCUGAGAGUGAAGCCGUCGGUGCAGAGGCUGGAGCUGGGGGGAAGGGUGCCCAGGGCUGUUUCACCACCUCUCCUUCUCCUCCACGGGAAGCACCACCACUCCAACAUCACUUCACCUCCAAGACAACCAUUCGUCUAGAGUCAUGUGCCGUUUGCAAAUCCCGCCUGCGCUUUGGGAAGGUGGCACUUAAAUGUCGGCCCUGCCAGCUUGUAAUACACCCUAAGUGCAAAGAACACUGCCCAUCUCUGUGUAUGCCAGGUGCUCAUCCAAGAAUGAAAGAAGGCGUUCUGGCAGACUUCGCAUCCAGCACACACCCCAUGGUGCCCCCACUAGUGGUUCAGUGUGUGAGUCAGGUGGAGAGUCGUGGUCUCCAGGAGAUGGGGCUUUACCGAGUACCUGGUGCAGAGCCCGUUGUACGUGAAUGGAGAAAAAAACUGCUUCAUUCCAGAGGAGCCGUUCCCUCGUUGGACCAAGUGGCUGAUGUGCAUGUGAUCUGUGGCAUUCUCAAGGACUUUCUGAGGAGCUUGAAGGAACCACUUGUUACUUUCUACCUGCACUGUGCUUUCCUGCAUGCUGCAGAUAUCCCAGAUGAAACUGCCCGCUACGCGGCUCUCUGCCAUGUUGUGAUGAAGCUGCCUCUGGCCAACAGAGACACGCUGGCUUUUCUCAUGCUCCACAUGCAUAGGGUCAUAAAGAGCCCAGAGUGUCGAAUGGACCGACAUAGUUUGGCACGUAUCUUUGGGCCAACCCUAGUUGGCCACAGUGUCCCCAACCCCUCCCCUGUCACCAUCAUGGAGGACACACCCCGCCAGAGCCAGGUGGUUGCCCAGCUCUUGGCUCUGCCGCUUGGUUUUUGGAAACGUUUUGUGGAAGAGGAGCAGGAGAACCUGGUGCCAUCAGUGUGGCAGCCCAGUGCGGUGAAUGAACAAGAAAUAAACUCCACCCAGAUGAGCCCAGCCCCUGGAAGCAGCUGUCUCCCCAACAAGCUACGUGACUGCAUGGGUACCACCUUCCCACCUUUGCAUGUUCCUCGCACUAAGAAGACGGGCAAAUUCUUCCCUCUCCCAACAUAA